AUGCCUCCUUUUGUGACAGACGCAGUCCGAACGCCAUGGCCGAUUCAUUCCCAAGAUGAGCCGCCUCUUGAGACCCCUUUUUCACGAGCUAUCGACGACUUUCUGAGGGAGCUAAACGCCGAGGAUGACCCCAAAAACCCAUUCUUGAGGGAGCUCAAGGCCAGCCGCCAACAACUAGCCAAGACCCCAGGUUCCAAGACCCAGGCCCAGGCUUCAGCGGCCAACCUUAGAGACUUCAUGGAAAGUCUUCAAGCCCAGAAAAGCUCUGGUCGUGGACAGAAGAUCCUUGCCCGUCUUGAGCCAUUCAUCGAUAGCCUCGCAAGGGUCAUGGGACUGUGCGAAAACAUGUUGAAUGCUGCCCCGUUUGGGGUGAGCAUCGCAUUUUCCGGCGCUCGGAUCGUUCUCAGGCUUGCAAUGCAGAUGCAGACCUGCCUGGACAGCAUUGUCGACGCCAUGGAACAAAUCGGAAUCAGCCUCAAGUGUUAUGACAAGUUCGCGCAAGCGUUCCCGGACUCGGAUGAAGUGCAGGACCUGCUCGCCAGUUCUUAUAAGAACAUCGUCUGUUUCUGGUUCAAGGCGUCACGUAUACUAUCCCGACACAGCUUAAAGACAGUCAUCAGGGGCGCUACAAGGUCUAUCGAGAAGGAGAUCAAGACAGCACUAGAUGGUUUGAACCGUGACAGCUCGAAUGUCAUGGCACUCGCCCAAGCCACAACAGCCGAACAAGCGAUCCGUAAAAAGGAGUCCACACUGAGACAGGGCGUCAUUGAUUGGAUCAAGAGCGGAUCAUACAUCGAUGUCAGGCCAAUCCUCCAAGACCAACUUGACCUCCGGCUCGAGGGAACUUGCAACUGGUUAUUUGAGGACAAACGUUUCUUGAACUGGUGCAAAGCCACUGAGAAUGCUGCACUCUGGUACAAUGCCAAACCGGGAUCUGGAAAAAGUGUGUACGCGGCAACAAUCGUCGAUUAUCUGAAGAAGCGAGAUAAAAAAGUGGCCUACUUCUUCUACUCCUUCAACAGCCCUCAAAGAAAAUCAGGCAUAAGCGGGAUGCGAUCUUUGGCUCUACAGCUGCUGAGAUUCGUGACGGAUUUGCCAGACAGAGUGGUUCAGCGCUACAAGGACGAACUUGAGAACUGUGCUAGUGGCCUCGAUAAUAUCCACACAGCGUCACACGUUGUUCACGAGUUGCUCACACAGUGCGAGGAGACUUUUGUGGUGAUCGACGGGGUUGACGAGUGUCUCGACGAUGAUAUGACACUUAUUACCCUUCACUACCUGAUGAAUAUGCCGACUUACGGACGAGUGAAAUGGCUCUUUACAAGUCGGAAUUACCUCAAGAUCAGAACGGUCAUGGAAGGAAGUCAGGCGGUGGAGAUCGAAGCAUCAACGGAAUCCAUUUCUCACGACAUCCGUUUUUACUUCAGCAAGUACAUCAGCUGCGAACAUUGCAUCGACAAGUGGACAGAAGGCGAAGACAACUUUCUUUAUUCGAAGCUGAUAUGUGACACCCUUCAGGGGGAAGGGCUCACCUCUGACGAGGAGAUUCGACACGCUUUGAAGACGUACCCGAAGAACCUGAACAGUUAUUACCUACGGGCGUUAGAGAAGCUUUCCGAAAUGACGGAUCAGCAACAAGAGCUAGCCAGACGUACCUUUUCGAUCCUAAUAGCAGCGGCACAGUCAAUUUCACUUGAUGAGAUACGCAACAUUCUGGCUGUUACUCCGAACGCCAAAGACCACGACCCUAAACGCGUCCCUUUCACCAAAGACAUAGAGACUUUAUGCAGCCCCCUCGUCACCUUCGGAAAGCCCAGGGAGGGCGACGAUGAUGACAACCCUCUACUGAAGCUCUGCCACAAGACAGUUGAAGACUUCUUCUUGCAGAGCCCGGGGAAUCUCAACAUGGAUGAUACGUCGAAGCUGCGAAAGUAUUUCGUGACUUAUAAGCAAGCCAACGAGGCAAUUGCUAUGGACUGUUUGAGUUACCUGCAGUACAAGCGAUAUGAUAUCCCGACUCUCGAUCUCGCGGCUACCCUCUCAAAACCGAUUGCAAAAGAGCACGCAUUCCUUCCCUAUGCAGCUACAUUUUGGGCACAGCACUGUGACGUGGUUAGACCGUCUCCAUCAAAGGAGCUUGGCCAGGCCGCUUUGAGGUUUCUUCAAGGACCUACUCUUCGCACGUGUAUGGAGGUACAAGCAUACGUCGGCCCGUAUCUGUUUGGCCGAUACGUCGGCAGGAAAGAUCGAGCGUCGUACAAAAUGUGCAUCAAGGGCUCGAGAGUACGUGACAGCGACUCAUUUGGGGUUCCAUUGCCGCAGUGGCUGGACACGCUCUCCUCUCAAGGUUGGACACUGGACAGGUCGAUGUGCCACUUCAUCGGUGAGUGGCGCGAGGUUCUGAUAUCGCACCCAGAUGGACUGGCAUCGUGUCUCCCAUUGAGUAAGUUCGAACCAGCAUGUUAUCUCUCGCCACAAGGGGAACACAAGAACAUAAAUGUUGCACAUCUGGAGGAGCACUACAAACAUCUAAGCUCAGUUAAGGGUGUCGACCCGAAGGACGGGCAGCUUCUAGGCGUUGCCUUCCGCGGAAAGACACUAUGGGUGGACCUGCUGUUCUACCGAUCACAGGGAGCUUUCGAGCGUCUCCAGAUUCCGCUGUUUGCCAAGAAAAAGAGCAUCGUGAAGAGCGAUCAUAGAGUCCUGCUCCCGGAGGAAGACCGCGGCGACUGGGCAAUGACCAUAGCAAGUCGUACGGGGGCCCCAGAGACUGUCGAAGCCUGGAGACUGGAUCCUCACAACUUGGGCAUUAGAUGCAUUUCGCACGACACCAGCAAGGAACGAAAGGUCCCACUCGCGUUCGCGAGGGAAAAUGUCGGCAGGAGGAGAGGGUCAUGGGAAGUGCAGUCUAUACAGAACUUCGAGGCCAAUGCUGUGAGGAACGGAUCGAUGCAGGUCGUGCAUGUGACGUGGAAGUCACAGAAGCAUUUCCCUGACGCAAAUUUGAACCUCCUCUUUGAAGAAGGCGACGACAGUGAUUCAUCGUCUAGUGAGUCAGAGGAAGAAGAGGUUGAGAACCCGGCACCGGUCAGUCCUGAGUCUUCAUCAGACGAUGAUUCAGACGAUGAUUCGGUCACCGAGUCAACAGCUUCACACAGUCGAGCAACAGAGACCGCGAACGAAACUUCAGAUACAGACAGUGACUCUGAGGUGGAUGAGGGUCAUGUCACGGACUGUCUGAUAUUGAAGACUUGCGAUGGUGAUCCUUCAUGGCACCCGUGGUCUGGUGCACACCAGGUCUGGUCACAGAUAGGCUGUGCAGUACAUCCCGUGCUGCCCCUUCUAGCAGUUUCCCACACUGCCCGUCAACUAGAGGUCAUCGACACUGCCACGCGAGCCCAGAAGAUGAAGCACCUCCCAGACCUUUCCGAUCUCCAGGAUGCCCCUAUGGCAAGCUUGAGAGAACUCCGCUUCUCCCCCUGUGGCAACUACAUCCACUUCCUAUCCAUUGCCUUUGUCCCUCAGAAAGAGAAGGCUGGCACCGAGGCACGCGUGACCAUGUCGACUUUCAACUUCAACCACGAGGGGAACAGCGACGACACCCUCUCGAGAGAAUGCCCUCCCCAGAGGUGCACGUACACCUUCGGCGAGACCCUCGCCGACGUUCCCCUGCCGUUAGCCCUGACACACUGGAGCGAUACUGAAGUCAUCAUCGCCCUGCCGCCACUCACGUGUGAUCCCAAGAUCCUCAAAAUCAUGCUUCCUGUUUUCCCAUCUGUGGCUCUCUCUGGUGGGAAUGAUGACAACUGCUCGGGUGAGAAUACAAUCAUGACCUUGCAACAUGCGGUGUACUUCCCCACGUCAACACCGGCCCGGCAGGCCCGCCUCAUGUACCGCAACGACGGGGAGAGCGGCAUGACCGCCGGCGGCCGCGUAUACCUCGUGCUGGACAAACUAGUUCACACUGUCGCCGGCGAAGAGAAUAGUGUAAUGGAAACCACCGAAGACGUCACUGAAGGCUCUACAUCCGCUGAAAAUGCUACCAACGGCAAGGUCGGCGGUCCUGAUCUAGGUCACGCCAGUCCCCCGGUUGUACUGCGGUGGAAGAUUGCGCAGGGUGACGGUUGGAGGGCAUGGGACACUAAUUCGGACACCAUGUCAUCUGAUCUGAAGAGAGACGUGCCUGUGUGGAAGAUGCUGAGAGGCCAGUUCGUGGACAGCGACAAGCUGUUCAGCGUACCGAUCCGUAGCGGGUUAGACUGGAGGAGGAAGGGGUACCUGAGCUGUUCGGCUAUAGGGUGA